AGAUAACAGGGUGCCAAUUUUAUCGAUUACGAAACGUGCCGUUGUUGCUCUUUUGCGUAGUUCUUGUGAUAAGUCUAAAAAUCUACCACCAUGCAGGGAAUGUCAUUUCAGAGUCUUAAAAGACACAAGGCUUUGAUUCCUCUGUAUGUCUGUGUGGGGUUAGGAUGCGUGGGGGCUAUCGGAUACACGCUUAGACUCGCUUUACGUAAUCCAGACGUCCAGUGGAACCGCUCAGGUGACAUCUCCAAUGAAGAGUUCAGAGCUAAGCAAUACAAGUUUUAUUCCCCCAACAUUGAUUACAAAAAACUCGAGCCCCCAGCGCCCAAAUAUUAGAAAGUUUCUUAAAUAGUCGCUUCUAGAUGAUAAUGUACGAUUAAAUAAAUAAAUUAUUGUUAUUUU